UAUAAUUGCAUUAUUUAUAUAAACAAUUAUUUCUAAAUAUUGUCUUAUGUAAAAUUUUGUAUUUCCAAAAGUGAUUAUGCAAUUCGAAGGAUAAUUCACAUUAUACAAGCAGAAAUUUUCUUAUUUUUCUAAAUUGAUCGUAUUUUCGUAUUAUGUAUAUACAUAAUGUCGAAAACUGAAAUUCCUUCUUUUACGAGUGAGGAAAAUUCGCUCACGUGCUCCGAAAAAAUUCUCUCAUUCAUAUGCAGUAGCAUGUGAGCAGUCUUGAAUUGUAGUUCAAGUUUAUUUUGUAAUUUUUACAAGUUUCUUAACCAUUUUUUUUUUUUUUUAAACACAACAAUUUGGAAAAAUCAUGUACACGGUUUCAAAAGGUCCAAGUAAAAUUGUGGCAAAAACACGAAGAGGAAUAAAUCAAAAUCUUGAACGAUUAGAAACGUUACGAGAUCUUACCAGAAAGCCAGAUCCCGAUGAUGAUCAGGAUGUUAUCCGUCAUGUACCAAAACCGGUUUUUCACAUGAAUGGAAAAUCAAAAUUAAAUUCCCAAAGGCAUCAAAUUCAAGAAGUUAUUACACCACAACAUGAAGAACUCAUCAAAUUCGUUUAUGAAUCGUGGAGCCAAGUAAACAUCAGACAAAGGAAUUCGUCGUCUAACGGUUCCGAUUGCUCUGAACCUUCCAGUCCAAGUUCGAUAGUCUACUAUAAUGAUGGUGAACCAAAUGAUAUUUUGCAGGAUUUCAAACCAUUCGAUUUGGAGUCAUGGUGGGGUAAGAGAUUGUUUAACAACCUUACCAAGUCACUAUGAGAAGGAAGAAUGUCGUGUGGGAAUUUCAAUUGAGAAACAUCACAAAAUUUUGUAGCAAACGAAAAAAAAACAAACGUUAUUAUUAUCGGAGAUAACGAACAAGUGAGUCAGAAAACAAUUUAGUUUAUCUAGUACUCGAACCUCAGAGCACAUUAAGGGAUAUAUUAAUUAAAUUAUAUUUCCCGAGGUCGUUUCUUUUUAUAUACGUAGUAACAGGUCUCAAUCGACUUUGGAUCUCAGUGAUUUUUAAUAAUAGACAUAUAUAAACAAAUUAUCAGAAGCCGUGUAAAUAAUUGAUGCUUCCAAUACGCUUGAAGAAACAAAAAAGAAAAAAAACGACUGCACAAGAUCUGUUGUUUUUUUUUUAAUUCUUAAAAAGGAUAUUUUAGCAGGUCGUUGAAAAGAUAUUUAAAAUACAAAAUUUGCCGAGUAAACACAUGUCUGAAGGGGGCGUGAGAGCUUAGCGCAAAGUGUAGACAAUAAAAAUAGAAAAAUGUGGAAAGCGUGAUUUAUAAAGUUUUGUAAAUUUUUUUUUCACAGUCCUCGUUUCGCGAAAAAAUUAUAUACAUCAGAAAUGGAAAGAUUUCGUUUUACCAGAUUUUAUUUGGAAGACUAUUUUACAAAUUUCAAAAAGAAAAAGAGAAAGAAGGAAAUUUUUUCUCAACAGCUAUAAAUGAAUGUGUGUGGUGUUGGUAAAACAAAUUUUUUUGAUCGAAUAGUGAUGUAAAUAUUGUAAGCGCCCGGUUUUUUUUUUUAAUUUUAAUUUUUUUUUUUGGUUUUUUUUCUGUGAAUGCAUGAAAGACGUUAUUGAUUGUUAUUGCGACUGCUAUGAGAACCUUUUACACUCUUAGUAUAACUUUGUAGACUGACAUAUGUUUAAGAUCGUUAUGUUAUUUCUUCAGGCAAUCGAAGAAUUCAUAUAAGUUUGUUUUCGAUGUCUCCAUUUGCAAGCUAUGCUGUGUGGCAGUUUUUUCAAAUGAAAAUCCUGAAAAUUUAUUAUCAUCAAAAAUAAUACAAUUUGUGUGUAGAUAUAUAAUUUUUGAUGAUUUUAAUUUUUUGUACGGCUUCUUUAAAAUAUUAUAUUAUUUUUAACAACUGUUAUAAACAAAGUGUUUAAACAACUGUUAAGCGUUAUAUCCAAGGCACAGUUUGCAAACGUAGUCGAAAUUGUAGUGCAAUUUUAUUUGGCUGUUAACAGCCAAAUUUUACAGUUGUUAUAGAGAAUAAAAUAUAUCUUUGUACACAA